AUGAAUGUAAAAGUAGAGGAAGGACAUCCUUCUAACAGUUACGAGGAAAAAAAAAAGAGAAAAAUUAAAAAAAAAAAAUAUAUACAAAAUGAUAGUGCGAGUGAUAAUGUGGAAAAUAAUGUGGAUGAUAAAGUGAAUGAUAAUAAAAAUAAUAGUACAAAUAAUAAUACAAAUAAUAAUACAAAUGAUAAUACAAAUGAUAAUACAAAUGAUAAUACAAAUAAUAAUACAAAUGAUAAUGAAAAAAGUAAUUCUAAACAUAAAAAGAAAAAUACAUCAAAAAGUAAUAUAUGUGAUGGAAAAAAAAAGAAAAUUGAAUUUCACAAGUUAUAUGAAAGUGAUGAUAAUAAUAACAUGUCUAGAACAAGUAGUGUUCAGAGUAUAGGUGAAGAAAAGAAAAUCAAAUCAGUUGUAAAAAAAAAUGAUAUUAAUGAUAAAAUAAAAUUAAAUACAUUAAUGUUACAAUCAUAUUUACAUAAAAGUUAUGAUAAAGUAUCUAAUAUUUUAAAAAAAACAUCACAGUCAUUUAUGAAAAAAAGUCUAAGUUAUGAAGACGAAAAAGGAAAUGAUAAAACUGGAAUUAAUAUACAAAAUAAUAAGAAUGAAAAGAAUGAAACACAUGAACAUAUUAAUUAUGAAGAAAAUAAUUUUAUACAAAAUUAUAAUAAAAUAUUUAACCAUAUGAAUGAUAAUCCAACCAAUAAAUUAUCAGAUGAAGAAACAAAGUUUUUUGAAAAAAAUUCACAAUUCAUAAAUAAAAUGUUAGAUGAAAAUGUUACUUGUGAAAAAAAGAAAAAAGAAAAAAUUUUAAAAAAAUAUAAAAAAAAAAUUAUAGAAAAUGAAGAUAUAUCAUCCUUGUAUGAUAAAUUCAAAGAAUUAUUAGAUGAAAGAACAUUAUUAAUUAAACUAAUUAUGUACUAUAAAAAUAUGAAUUACAAUUAUAAACAACAUCUGGAAAAAAUUCAGCAUUCUUAUGAUAUACUUAUUUCAGAAAAUGAACAAUUAAAUUUAAAUAAUAUCACUUUGAAAAAGCAUAUCGAUUUAUUUAGAAACAAUGAUAAUAUAAAAAGAGAUGAUGACGAAAAUGUUAAGUGUUAA